UCCCCUCUGUCGUACGGUAUUGCAUUCGAUACUGAUUUUAUUUCUUUGGUUGUCGUUGUUGAAACAAAUACUUCAUACCCAUCAAUACAAAAACUCUAGUAAGAACCGAUCAAAGUUACAACCAUGAAACUUUCGAUACCUCGUGCCUACCUUGGCACAAUGACCUUUGGUUGGUCUCAAACUAGUUCUUACGUUGACGAGUCUAUAGCUCUUGAAAUGGUGAAGAGAUUCAUCGCCUUCGACCAAUCCUUGGAAAUUACCGAGCACCGUCUCGAUACGGCAAGAAUUUAUGCUGGUGGGAAGACGGAGAAAAUUGUAGGGAAAGUCUUGCAGAAACUCGAUCCGGCACUUCUAUCRGAUUGCCUGGUCGGGACCAAAGCGGCACCAUCGAUCAAACCUGAGGGACUUUCCUCGGAGGGCGUUUUGGGGCAAUUCCAAGCAUCCAUGGAUGCCAUGGGGACGACUUCUUGCGAUGAAUAUUACUUGCACCAACCCGACACUGAGCACAGCUUGCUUGAAAGUCUUAAAUCAGCUGACUCAUUGGUAAAGAAAGGAAAGGUUUCCAGAAUCGGGAUGAGCAAUUACCACGCGAGUGAAGUUUCCAGGGCAUUCCAAUUGUGCAAGGAACACGAUCUGACACCUCCAACUGUUUAUCAAGGACUCUACAAUCCGCUCAAUCGCCUUGUGGAAGAGGACCUUCUUCCACUGUUGAAGGAAAAUGGGUGCUCCUUUGUUGCUUACAACCCUCUGGUAAGUAAAUGUAACGACUCGAGCAGCAACAAAACAAAUUUGGAGAUUUCCAUAGGAUGAAAUACACUAUGUUAUCUGGAAAGGAAAUACAUCCUUUUCUAAAAUGUCCUGAUCCUCCAUUUUAUUUCUCCAUCACCGAAAAUAUACUUGGCUGAUAUAGGCGGCAGGACUACUUACAGGUAAACACAACGACGUCGAAACUGUGGUCAAAGGAAGAUUUAAGAAAAACCAAAACUACCUGCCACGCUUCUACACCCCUGCAAACUUUGCGGCAAUCCAACUCAUUCAAGAACAAUGCAAAAAAGAUGAGAUAUCAAUGGUGGAUGCAACAUUUCGUUGGCUCCUGUGUCAUUCCUCGCUAGUGGCUGAUUUCGACGGAAUUUUGCUAGGUGCAAGCAGCCUUGAUCAGCUGGACGAAAACCUAGCAGCUUGCAAGCAAGCGGCACAGAGCACUUCUCCACUCUCCCCCGAACUUUUGGUAGCCUUUGACAGAGCAUGGGAAUUGACAAAGGAAGGGUCCUUUCCUUACUGGAGAAGCUAUUCCUUGGAUAUGCCGGACCGAAACACGUUGGAUCAAGGAGCUAGUUAUCAAGCAAACAAGGUCAAAGCAUAGAACGUCUKGAUGSAWCUAUGUAUUACAAACACUGUACCAAAUUCCGGCUCGAUGUUUUUUGUUGCAUCAAUUGAGAAGUAAUGUAAUACGUCGUCGUUUCAAUUGUGUUGCUAAAGAAAUUUUUCUACCCAAAUAUUUGAUCAGACAAGUUAAGAAACUUUUGGAUUUCACAAAGCAGGCUGAGGAGUAACCACUCUCAUGGCAGYAUCACCUAGCUUUCGAUUGAUCCAACCCGCUCGGACCAAAAAUUCAAUGAUAUUUCCUCGMCGUUCCACAUCGAUCAUUAUAAGAGUUUUCUUGCCAGAGUUUGAGGAAUCUUUGUUCAACAAACCACCCUUCAUCGACUCGUGAAUCAAUGCUUUCUUGAUUUUCAAGUAUUGAACGGGAUAAACCUUUAGCCGUUUA